CGGACGGCCUGCUCCCUUGGUCUUAUCCCUUGCUUGCUGUGCCUGCGCUCUCACCGACACCCAGGAAUCCCACCAUGGAACGUAGUAAUGCCCACCUCCAGCAGCAGCUCGGCAAAAAGGACGAGCAAGUAACUGUCUCUCCGACCACCACGAUGGACACGCUCCCGCUCGUCUCGCCGCCGCCGUCCCGGGAGACGCUGCGGGAGACGCUGCCGGCUGCGCCGGCUGCACCAGACGACCCAGUUCGCAGACCGACGCGCCGGCAUCGUUGGCUGCUGUGGCCGCUGCUCGCCGCGGUCGUGGCAGCGCUGCCGCUCCUCCCGGUGGAGGUAUGGCUGCCGCACAUGGACCUGCCUUCCGACGACCUCUCGAGCACGGCGGAUCCACUCCCGCCCUUGUUCCCGGCCGACGUGCCGUCCUUCCUGAACGCCACCUGCCUCGACAGCGAGCGCCGGUUUCCACUCGUGGUGACGCCGGUCGACCCAUCCGUCUCGAUUGAGCGCGUGUCCGAGUGGGUCGAGCGUAACCGCGACAUCGUGACGGGCUGGCUCGACGCCUAUGGGGCCGUGCUGCUGCGCGGGUUCGCCGUCGAGGAGGCGGCGCAGUUCGAGCGGGUCGCGAUGGCGUACACGGACCGGCUGGACAACAUCUACCUCGGCACGUCCCCUCGCGAGCCCGUCACCAACUCUGAGUUUGUCUUCACCGCGUCCGAGUUUGAGUCGUGGAAGGUCGUGCCGAUGCACUGCGAGAUGUCCUUCUUGCCGCGGCCGCCCGAGCACCUCUUCUUCUUCGCAAAGGAGAUGCCGCCCGACAUGGUCGGAGGCGAGACGCCCCUCGUCGACAUGCGCGCCGUGGCGAGAGAGAUGGGCGAAGCCACGCGCGCAGUGUUCGAGCGCAAGGGGAUCCGGUAUGUGCGUGCGUACCCGUCCGCCCGCUCCAGCCACCCCCUCGACAAGUACGACCCGUUCAAGACGAAGAGCUACGAGGCCAUGUUCCGACACGUGCCCUCCGCCGCAUCCGACGCCGCCGCAGUCGAGGCCGAGAGCCGCAGACAGGGCUUCACACCCAGCUGGGGCCCGCGCGGGAUCCUCAAGCUGACGCACGAGACGCCGGCCUUCCGCACGCACCCGCGCACGGGCGACGAGGUGUGGCACAACCACCUCGGCGUUCUCCACUCGGCGGCGUGGGCCGACGAGUUUGCACACGCCGCUCGCCACCUCCGCUCAGCGCGCUACGCCGCCCUCUCGUGGCUCUUUUACGCGCUUGACGCGCUGAUCCACCGAGGCCUAUUCGGCGAGGCGUUCGGCCAGCACGUGACGCACCGCGGCGGCGAGCCAAUCGCUGCGGAGCACGUGUGGCACGUGCGUCGGCUGAUGUGGAAGCACACGCUGACGGCGCCGUGGCGGCAGGGCGACAUCAUCCUCGUCGACAACUUUCGGCUCGCGCACGCGCGCAUGCCCUUCUCGACCGCGGGGAAGCGGCGCCUGUGGGCCAUAUGGGCAAAGCCCCCAGCGUCGCUGGAAUGAGGGGCUGCGGGUGCGGCGGCUCGAAAGGCCGCAUGGGGUGGCAGCAGGGUCCGCCUAGGUCGGCCUCACUCUGGAGAGGAGUCGGCGCUGCGGAGUCUUGGCUGUAGCGGUUUCCCGCUUGCAGCGGAGCUCGACUUUGUGGCGCGUGUUUGAACUGUCAAGUGUUGGGGGCUUUGUGUUACGAGUGAUCAUACGCGAUACGGUGCGGCCAGCGCUCUUGUGUGAUUGUGUUCAGCAUUAGCGAGUCAAGAGGUCUGGUGAUAUCGGGACA